CUUUAGUGGCCGAGUCACUCAUACUACAGCGCCGUACUAUAUAAAAGUCAUAAUAUAAACUACUACAUAUUUACAUUUGUUCUUCGGUAUGUACAUACUAUUGUGCGUACGCUGUAGGUAGAUACCUAUGUACAUACAUACAUAUGUAUGGAUGAGACUAUGCGACACGACGCUGUAAAACGACAAAAUAACAUAGUGUAAAAUCAACGAAUUUCACCGUCUAUAUAUUCGACGGAGUUUGUCGACUUACCUAUCCAAAUACCAGACGUUAGCACCGAUAGACGCAGCACAGGAGGACAGACGGAUGUCUUACUUCGCCAGCUAGGCGUUCGCUGCCUUGUCUGCUUCCCAGACUGUCUACUUGCCUGCCUGCCUGUUACGCGUAAUUACUACGAAGGAAGAUUAAACGGUGGGUGAAUAAGAGAAGCAGAGCCGGAGGAAGAAGAAAACUCGUCGGAUGUGAGCGAGUUGGCGAGUGUGAAGUCAAAAUCCUCAAAAUUGCCUCUGCUUUCUUGUAUACUGUUAACUACUUCCUUCAGCAUACUUAGACAGUUUCCCAUUUAGUUUGAGAUCGGUGCGGCACGGUGCAUGGCGGCAACGUUUAUUAGGCGGCGCAAUACGGAUUCGUUUCACAACUCGACUUCGGUUAGUUUAAAUAGUCUCAGUUUCGAUUUAGGCUGAUUCAGUGCGCAUAAAAUUAUUGGAGAAAACUUGUACUCAAACUAGAUGUGAGCAUCAUAGGUCGAUAGUGCUACGCAGGUAAAACGGACAAGGAAAAAAAACGUACAUACAACUAAUAACACAGAAAAGUAACUACAUGUAUGUACAUAGUUAUGGAAGGUUAGCAGAGCGAAGAAAGUUGCACUAUUUACUUAUACAUGUAUAUGUAUAUGUACAUACAUGAGAAGGAAUGAAACCUUUUUGAAGGCAUCCAUUGCAGAUUAAUAUACAGAUGUUACCUGGAGAAAGAAAAAAUUGCAGCUGCACGACUGGGCGCGAAAACGCUCAACAGGAAUCUAAAGUCAGGAAUGCAUGUUUGGAUAACUCAUACACCACACAAAAUUAGUUGGACGACUAAAUACAAUAUAUGUAUGUACGUGAAUGCAUUUACCACACCAAGAAUAUAAUAUUAAACAUAUGCAAAUACAUACACGCGUAUGAAUAUGUAUGCAGAUACAUAUGUAACAAAAAGGAAUGUAACAAAAUACGACUAGCUCAGAAAUGGUGAAAAGAAAUAGAAAUCAAAAGGAAACUUGAACACAACGCAAAGUCGUAAGAAGGAAAAAAAUAAAGUGCUAACAAAACGGAAAGAAAAAUAGGAAAAUUUAAGUGAAAAUCUACCUAAAACACGCCGCUCUAGCUGCCUGACUGCUGCCUGUACAUACGCCUGGCCGGCCGGACAACCAACUGACGCAUCAGUCUAGUUGAAAUAGCGAUAGCAGCUAGGCACGGCUACAUUAAGUGCCGCGCUACGGAAGUCGAGACAAAACAAUAUUUGUUAAGAGAAAAGAAAAUUCAUAACUUUUAAAAUUUAAAAGAAAUCCUAACCUAACCGAGGAAAAUUUACCGAAAUCAGAUUGAGCAAUAGUGGAUAGAAAUAUCAGCGCACGAAAGAGCAAUUGAAUAGGCAAAACGUAUACUCAAACCAAACGCUAUACCAAGGCAAGGCAAAGGAAACCAGGCACUCAAUCAAAUAUGCACACAUGUGUAUAUAUAUAAAAUACAUUUGUACAUACAUAUGUAUGUAGUUAAUUCAAAAGGCAAAAUCGAAAUAAUGCGACGCAUGGGCAUUCGUGCUUGGAUUAGUGUUUAUACAUAUUCACAUGUACAUAAGUAUGCAUAUAUGUUUGUAUAUAUGCCCGCUUGCUUUUACAAAACGAUUAGUGCCUGAAUUAUGCGCUUGUUUUUUUUUUUACUUGCAUGUAUACAAUGUGCUAGUAAAGUGCUAUAAUAUUAGUUACGAUACCAUAAAUAAGAACGAGAAAGACCGUUAGUGCAAAUAAUCUUUGCAAACAUGUAAAAAGAGUCAAAAAUUAAUAAAAGUCUACGAGCUUCCAUUAAAAGGAAGAUCAACAAAUUAUGUGCCAUUUUGUAAUUCAUUCAACUAAUCGAGCAAAAUUAAAAUAAGAACAAAUAAAGCCACUAAUAAUUUAUAAUCGUAUAAAAUACUCGUAUUCAUAAAAUAAUACACUUAAAACGAUCAAAAAAACUAAAGUCAUUUGUAAGAAAAAUAGCAAAUUAUGGAUUUCCUACAAUGAAGAUAAGCUUUAAAAUUUCAAUACGUAAACCAUUUAGCACGCGCAGCUGUUGAAAUUUCCAAGGUCGGCGCUAUUCUUAACAGUAUUAUUAACACGUUAACACUCAACCUUCUUUCUUCCGUCACAUACACACUUGUCCGCAUUUUCCCAAACACUCGUAUCCCCCACAGCGGCAAUAACACAAUAAUAAAGCAACAGUAGGCAGACUAAACAAUUCAGUGCGAUACAGCGCGCUGCAAAGACCGGGAGAGCGGAACAGAGUAGUGUUAACGCCGACGUAAAGUUAAGGUGUGCUCGUUAGCAUUGACAGUAGGAAAGAUGUCCUGCAUAUCCAGUAAUUUUAGCUCUUUCUUCCUUAAUUCUCUCAACGAUUCAUCCGAGUUUGCCAAGUAUUUGAGUAAUGGCGAGCUAAAGUUUUCAUCCUUCGAGGAGUUUCAAGUAUUUGGCUCCUCGGGUGCGGGAUCGUGUACGUCGCCGCCACCAGCAGCUCAUCAAGUGUCAGCGUCGCAACAACAUCAACAGUAUUACAAUGGUGUAGGUAAUAGUGGCAACAACAACGCGAACGUUAGUGCUGACGCCAACUCGACGGGAACUCAGAGCGGUGGUGAUCUGUAUAACGGUGUGAGCUCAGCAAAUGCUGUCGGGAGUUGUGCGCAAAAUGUUGCUGACACGUCGGCCGCAUCAGCGAUAGCACCUUCGCCUGCGUCUAAUACGUCGCAGCCCGGGGUACAACAUGGCCUGCAGCAAGCUGAUCUUUUGCAUCCAACGCAUCAUACGCAUUCUUCUCAUGUGCCACAUUCGCUUCCUCCCACUCAGAAUCUCUAUGGCGGCCACGCGUCUCACCCAACCAGCAGCCUAGCUGCCAAUGCCUUUCAUCACAAUCACCUCGUUACGCCGCAUCAUGCACUCGGUUCACAAACUGCUGCGACCCAAAGCUAUCCACCUACACCGCAACGAUGGUCUACAGCCUUAAGUGCCAAUUCAACGGGCACCGCCUCGCCUGGCACGCCACACACACUACCGCAUGUGCAUGGGAACAAUCAGCCGGGCACGCCUAUCGCCACCAGCUCUGGGGGUGCGCAACAUUUUGAUGGUUCCUUUGAAUUCCUAAAAUACCUGCGUCACUCCAACGACUACAAUAGCGGUGUUCAAGGCGAUAUUGGCAGCAGCGCUGUUCUUCAAUCUGGACAGUCGCAAUCAUCAACGGCUAGUUUGAUAGAUUUGGAUAGCAGUACGACACAUAAAUCUCGUUCUUCACGUAAAGCAGUCGCUUUGUUGUCUUCUGUAUCGCGAGCUUCCAAUAGUCUCGAUGCCGCAACAUUGGACGUAUUCGAUCACGACUCAAAACACACCAUCUUUGAUAUGAACCCUGUUACGGCCACUAAUAGCUCCAACUCGAAUGAGUCGACGCUCGAGGUAUCGAAUUUGGCAUUUCCCAGCACGCAUCUAAACGCUUCUAACUCAAAUACUUCUUCUGAGGGCGCCGCCACUGGAAGCUCUGACUUUGCAAUGCUACACUCAGGCGUGGCCGCAAGUGCUCCCAAGCCAUUGGCUACAUUUACCAUCAAAGACAACUUUGAUGUGCACCCAUCUCAUAAGGUGGAGGAAGGCAUAUUUCAACAUAUGAACAAGUUGCCGGCAAAGAAAAAAGAAAACUUAAAGCAAUUGGGAGUUCGUUUCACUGGUCAAAUGACGCUUUCGGAUAAAUCGAUGGUCGUUGAAAACUUUAUCAAAUUCUGUCAGGUAAGUUGA